CCCCCCCCCGGCAGAGCUGCUCGGGCUGGAGACGUGGAGGUGGUGGAGGCGAUUGCUGCUGUGUGACUAUGAAUGGACGCAUUUAAGGUUUUUAUUCGCACGUAGUUUCGCUGUGACGCUUUUAAGAUGCCUUUCCCGCCUAUAAACUUGCACUCACGGAUAUCGUCGCCGGGGAAGGAGCUCUUCAGGAAGAAGAAGCCCAGCGCUGGCGUGGUGCCCCCGCCUCCUCAGCCUCUGCUCGGCCACAAGGCGAAGGCGGAGAAGGAGGAGAUGGAGAGGGAGAAGCUGUCCACGUCGUGGCCGGCGGCUAACCUGAAGCAGCUGGGACGCAAACAGCAGCAGCAGCAUCAUCAUCAGCAGCAACAGGCGGGUAAGGUCAGCGCAGAGGGCGCAGCUCCGCACCUGGAGACGGACACUAAGAGCUCGUGGGUGACCGUGGCGAAGCCGCUGGGCAGCUCGUGUGAGAGCGUGCCCCGGUCGAGCUCCGGCGAGUCGACGGCGGCGGCGCCCCGCAGCAGCAGACACUCCUCGCGGGCCUCGCUGGGCAGGGAGGGGGAGGAGGUGGAGCAGGAAGUGCGCUUCUCCCUCAGCCUCACGCCCGAAGCCGUCCUGGUCAUCCAGAAGCGCAACCUGGAGAAGCAGAUGCUGGCCAAGCAGCAGAAGUGCUGCGGGUCUGCGGACUUCAGGCACCGCCGGGUCUUCCCCUCCAAGAGGUCGCAGGGCGGCUCCAAGGGCUCCUCCGCGCCCGCGGCGAGGCCGGACUGUCCCGGCGACAUCAGCGCCAUCGUGAAGAUCUCGCUGCUCAACGACCAGCACAAGUACGACGACGUGGAGUACGAGGAGGAGGACGGCGACGUGGACGAGACCGUCAUGAGGAAGUGCAAAGAGUGGCUGAAAGGCGUGGAGAGCGCCGCCGCCUUCAGCAAAGUGGACAAGCUCUCGGCUCUGCCGCACCUCAAGGGCUGCUGAUGCCGGUGAUUCGCUGGGAAAAGACACUGUGAAGGACUCCCUUGAAGGGGGAACUCCACCGGGCUUUGAGGGUCUGCACAGCUCGGUGGUUGAGAUGUGAACAGUCGGUUCAGGGUGAAUUGGUUUAUUGUACAGACUGGGAUUUCUUUAGUGGUUGUGAUGGGAACCAGGGGUCCCUGGUUUGUUCCCCCUCCACCGUGCACAGAUCACCAUAAAUGCAUUUUAAUCGAUUUGGGCCCAAACGGUCAUAAAACGACGUCGCCCAUCAGGCCAAGUAUUCAUUACGCUUCAUUACAGGUGGCCGUCUGGUUCCUGUCCCCUCCACUGUGAACAGUUCUCACCAAGUUUAUCUAGAACGGAUCAUUUCACACCGACCCACUCUGAAUGACUUUGUUUACAUCUAGCGAUUCAGCCUCGCAGAAGCUUUGAAAAGCCGGUGGAGAAGAUCCCUUCAACCAGCAAGCACGGACAGAACUGCUGGCCCCCAGCUCCGGUGUAGCCCGCUAGAGGAGACGGCUCGGCGCCGUUCGUCCUCAGUGACUCUCACUGCUCUCCGUCUCUCCACAUGCAGCGAUGUCGUGAAACCGCUUUUUAGUUCAUUUCUCUUUUUCUGCUUUUGCACUUCACCUCUUUCCACUCAGGUCCAGCUCGCGCGCGCGAAAUGAUUGGACGGCGCAAAGAAAUGCGUGAAGUUGAUUGGGCAGCGACGCGUGGUGGCGACCAAUAAGCGUUCACUUUCUUUGUGCCAGGAAAACAAAGGCCGUCACAGACGGCUGUGUCUGACAGUCGAAGGCCGUCCGAGUCCAGAGACGCUGAGUCGACACCGGUUCCGAUUCCGCGGGAUGACUCACAGAAGGGUGUCUGACAGAAAUAAGUACAAUACUGAUUGUAUGACCUUGGCGAGGAGAUUUGGAGAGAACACCAGCUAAACGCUGUUAUGAGGAGAAAGAAGCCGUUAAGUUACUGUUGGUUCCUAAUGGUUUCCAGUAGCCACUAAUGGUAUUGUUUUGACUGGACUGGUAUCACGACCAACUCUAAUGGUUAAGCAGGUGUCCUUUGACUGAUUCCACAUGUUUAAUGGUUUUCUGGUGGGAUCUAAAGCUGUCCUACAGAAGACUAGUGGGCUCUAAUGGUAACAAGCCAGUUCCCUUUAGAUAGCAAAGCCAUCAUGGUUCUAAUGGUGUUCGUUCAGCAGGGAAUUAACUUCCCUACUAUUUAAAAAAAGGUUUCUAUUGGUUCAAGUAACCACUAACGGUUUUUUCCUGAUGAGUUGAUGUCACAGGCUAAAGGACUUUAAUGGUUUACCAGAUGACUUGUGACUGUUUCCAGAUGCGUUUGACGGUUUCCUACCCGUGGUUUCUGUUGGUAGCCAUACAGGCAUUCUCAUCAGGUUUUAAUCCAAGUUGUUCUAAUGGUCCUUUCAGCAGGUUGACUAACGGGGCCUGGCUAAGCUGCAAAUGAUUCUCAUCUGUUAUUUCUGUCUUGGUGUUUUGACACUGGCGCUGUUUAAUUCUAAGCCAGUUUUAACUAAUUUUCCGUUUAAUUUUCCACUUUGUCUAAAAUGAAACGCAGCUGAUGUGAGUCGAGCUCCAGACUCGACUCUUCAUUCCCCAAAUGCCUGGAGUCGGGGAAUCGGUUCUCUUCGGGAUCGACUCUCCAGCUCUACCUGACAGAAAAUAAAAACACAAUUUUUGGCGGGAAGAGAAAAGUGCACGAAAAUGUGUUUAAAUAAACCAGUUUUGUACAGUAUUUAUUUUAAAAGCAUUAAGCUGUAGCUGUUGUUCGAUAUC